AUGAUUCACCACAACACCAUUCUCUCUUUCAUACCAAAAUGCAAAACCAUGAUUCAACUCAAAGCAUUGCACGCUCUUAUACUUACAACCCCAACAACUAUUAAUACUAUGAUUAUCCCUUUAAGCAAGCUUAUUGAUUUCUGUGUUGAUUCACAAUUCGGUGACAUCAAUUAUGCAAAUUCAUUAUUUACCCAAAUUCAUUCCCCUAAUCUUUAUAUCUGGAAUUCCAUCAUAAGAGGUCAUGCUAAAUCUAACAACCCAACAAUGUCUUUGCUUCUGUAUAAACAAAUGCUACAAAAUGAGUUUUCCCCUGAUCAUUUUACCUUCCCAUUUUUACUCAAAGCAAGUUCUUUUAUUGCUGAUCAAGUUAUUGGAAAAUGCAUUCAUAGUUGUAUAGUGAAAUCUGGGUUUGAAGCAAAUGUUUAUGUUGCUACUGGAUUACUUCAUAUGUAUGUUUCAUGUAAAAAUAUGGAGUAUGGGUUGAAGCUGUUUGAUAAUAUUCCUAAGUUGAAUGUUGUUGCUUGGACUUGUUUGAUUGCUGGGUAUGUUAAUAAUAAUCAGCCACGAGAAGCUUUGGAGGUGUUUAAAGAUAUGGGUAAUUGGGGUGUAGAGCCUAAUGAAGUUACCAUGGUGAAUGUUUUGAUUGCGUGUGCUCGUAGUAGAGAUAUUGAUACUGGGAGAUGGGUUCAUGAGCGCAUCCGUAAGGCUGGCUAUGAUCCUUUUGUGUGUGCGUCUAAUAGUCAUGUUAUUCUUGCAACUUCCAUUCUUGAAAUGUAUGCGAAAUGUGGUAGUUUGAAUGUUGCAAGAGACUUGUUUAAUAAAAUGUCGAAAAGAAAUAUUGUUGCCUGGAACUGUAUGAUAAAUGCUUAUAAUCAGUAUGAGAGGCAUAAUGAAGCGCUUGAUCUCUUUUCUGAUAUGCUGGCUGAUGGAAUUUGUCCUGAUAAGGCUACCUUUCUGAGUGUGUUGAGUGUUUGUGCCCAUCAGUGUGCUUUGGCAUUGGGAGAAACAGUUCAUGCUUAUCUGUUGAAAAGCAAUAUUGCAACGGAUAUUGACCUUGCCACUACUCUUUUGGACAUGUACGCGAAAAAUGGUGAAUUAAGAAGUUCACAAAAGAUUUUUAAUAAUAGUUUGGAAAAGAAAGAUGUGGUGAUGUGGACUAGCAUGAUUAAUGGUUUAGCCAUACAUGGUCAUGGAAAUGAAGCAUUGAGUAUGUUUCAAAUGAUGCAAGAGGAUAGUACUGUAGUCCCUGAUCAUAUUACUUAUAUUGGAGUUUUAUUUGCUUGUAGUCAUGUUGGAUUGGUUGAAGAGGCUCAAAGACAAUUUAACAUGAUGACAAAGAGGUAUGGUAUAGUGCCAGAAAGAGAGCAUUAUAGUUGCAUGAUUGAUCUUUUGAGUCGGGCAGGUCAUUUAGGAGAAGCAAAGAGAUUAAUGGACACAAUGCCAAUACAACCAAAUAUUGCCAUAUGGGGUGCUCUUUUGAAUGGUUGUCAGAUUCAUGAAAAUACCUCAGUUGCUAGUCAAGUGAAAAUACAACUGACAGAGCUGAGACCUGUUCAAAGUGGAAUUUAUGUUCUUCUAUCUAAUAUAUAUGCUAAUGCUGGAAGAUGGGAAGAAGUAAAUAUGACUAGAAAAGGGAUGCAGCGUAAACGAAUUGCAAAGACAAUUGGUCAUAGUUCAGUUGAGAUGAAGCUGUUAACCUCAUGA